AUUUUUGAUAAAAAGUAAGCAUAGACUUUUUCUGUCUUCUUUCCUCUUUUUCCCAUUGUCCUUCUUCAUCUCCAUCGUCUCUUUCUGGUUCUUUAAACUAGAUUUAAUCUUCGGGUUUGAGCUCGGGUGAGGCUUAAAGUUGCUGUAGAGCGUGAAAGAUAAGGUUUUUAAUCUUCCCAUCCAUAGAUAUCUACAAACUUACUGGUUUUUCCCCUGAUCUGUUGUAAAGUUCUCAACUUUUGAGUGGUAUUAAUCUGGGGUCUUUCAAUUCAUCUUUGUGGAGUUUCUUGAUCUAAGGUACAGAUCUGUUUCUGACCCAGUGAGCUGUAAUUUGCGGGAAAGAGGACUACCCGACAAAGAGUAGUUAAAUACGACAGUUCACUUGCAGAUUAGAUGUCGUUCCGUAGUAUAGUUCGUGAUGUUAGAGAUAGCUUCGGGAGCUUAUCCAUGCGGAGCUUUGAUAGGAGGCUGCCCGUUCAUCAUAGGGGAAGGUCUCAUGGUUCGUUUCACUACUUGAUCGACCAGCUCCCGGUAAUUCAGGACAGUUGUUGGGCUAAUCUCCCGCCCGAGCUACUUUUCGAUGUAAUCAGAAGGUUAGAGGAGAGCGAGAGCACAUGGCCCGCUCGUAAGAAUGUUGUUGCCUUUGCUGCUGUUUGCAGAUCGUGGAGGGGUAUGUGCAAGGAAAUUGUUCGAGGUCCCGAGUCGUGUGGGAAGCUCACUUUCCCCGUUUCACUAAAACAGCCCGGACCUCGAGAUGGAAUGAUACAGUGCUUCAUCAAGCGAGACAAGUCUAAUUUGACGUACCAUCUUUUCUUGUGUCUUAGUCCUGCUUUGCUAGUUGAAAAUGGAAAGUUCCUUCUCUCUGCAAAACGAACACGGAGAACCACCUGCACAGAAUAUAUUAUCUCGAUGGAUGCAGAAAGCAUCUCACGAUCCAGCAACACUUAUAUUGGAAAACUAAGAUCGAAUUUUCUGGGUACGAAGUUCAAAAUCUAUGACACUCAGCCCCCGCAUACUAGUGCCCACAUCCCUCCACCGGGGCGUACUAGCCGUAGGUUCAAUUCCAAGAAAGUCUCGCCUAAAGUCCCGACCGGAAGCUACAACAUAGCCCAGAUUGCUUAUGAACUGAAUGUGCUUGGAACCCGGGGUCCAAGGAGAAUGCACUGUGUCAUGCACUCGAUUCCUGCCUCGGCCCUCGAGGCUGAUGGCAUAGUGCCUGGCCAACCCGAGCUUUGUCCAAGGUCCCUCGAGGACUCAUUCCGGAGCAUGUCUUUCUCGAAAUCUUUCGACCGGACAACCGAGUUCAACAGCGCUCGAUUCUCCGACAUAGGCGUGUCGUCGACCAGCGAAGGCGGGGACGAUUGCAACAAGACGAGACCUUUAGUCCUAAAGAACAAGUCACCACGCUGGCACGAGCAACUACAAUGCUGGUGCCUAAACUUUCGAGGAAGGGUUACGGUGGCAUCUGUCAAGAACUUCCAGUUGAUUGCAGCUCCCGGGGCACCGAUUUCAACCUCGCAGCCGAGCGGCCAGUCUGAUCCCGACAAAAUCAUCCUGCAAUUCGGUAAGGUUGGGAAAGACAUGUUCACGAUGGAUUAUCGCUACCCGCUUUCUGCAUUUCAGGCUUUUGCUAUCUGCUUGAGUAGCUUUGACACCAAACUGGCUUGUGAAUAGAUGAAAGAAUCAUCAGAUUAUUAGGAUGUUGAAAAAAAAGUAGCUAUUCUGUAAUGCCCUUUAUGUUUCUGUAUUUUUGUUCUCCUUUUCACCAGUAGAACUCUCUUGCUGUUAGCUCAAUCAUAAUCUGGGCUGCCCAGUUCUAACAAAAGAGAUACUGCCCCUAUUAAACAAAUAUUAACUUAUUAGCAUAUGUUUUUAUCUUCCAUUGCAUAA